AUGCGGCGGGGAAACCGGCUCGCUUUCGUCGAUGCAAUGGCUGCUUUCGUGAUUCUCGCCGCUCUCUUGACCCUUCAGGCUCGCGCGUUCAACCCGUUCUUGCUCCAGUUGACAGUCCCAGAUACGUACCCGAACAUCUCAGCAUGCGUGGGCCUUCCAUCGGUCUACUCUUGCGAGAACAGCACUGCUAUUCAGAACACCUGCUGCUCGCCGACCCCCGGUGGUCUCGUACUGCAGACACAGUACUGGGAUACGUACACUGGUUUAGAAUCGGAGGGUCAGCUCUUACCCAUAGAUAGUUGGACGAUCCACGGCCUAUGGCCGGACAAUUGUGACGGCUCCUACGAGCAAUACUGUGACUUUUCCAGGCAGUACGAUCCGUAUCCGUCGCCUUCUGUCCUUCCGAAUGGCACAAUUGUACCCCCUUGGACUGGUCCUUCCGUCGCGUCGUUCCUCAUCGAGUUUGGACGUCUCGACCUUCUCGAUUACAUGAACAAGUACUGGAUUAACCAAGGAUAUCCCAAUUGGCAGUUCUGGGCUCAUGAGUUUUCGAAGCACGCGACCUGCACGUCCACGUUCGACGUAGCCUGCUACGGACCGGACUAUCAGCCGCACCAAGACGUGGUAGACUUCUACCUGGCCGUGAUUCGGGCUUUCCAGAGGUACCCCACUUAUACUAUGCUUGCUGCUGCUGGCAUUUACCCUUCAAACACUACCACGUAUUCUCUGGCGUCAAUUCAAAGUGCCCUCUACUCUCAGACCGGCGGUGUACCCUACCUCGGAUGCGGCGGCAAGAAUGGAACCAUCCUCGAAGAAGUUUGGUACUACAGUCACGUCCUCGGAACGGAACAAUUUGGCAACUUCAAACCCCUGAACACGACAGAUGAGUCCUCGUGCAACUCUACGCAGGGCAUUUGGUACUAUGAGCGCACCACGGGCGCAGAGCGCGAAGUCAGGCUACUGGCUUAG